UUGAGCGUUUCUAAGUUUAUACUGUCUUUAACUACACAUGCACGCUGGCGCAGAUAAAGACACCCACUGAGGAACACACACUCACACAGACACACACCCACGCGCUCUGUCUCAAAACUCAAGAGUGAGAGAAAAAAAUGCGCCACUCUUUCAGUGACUGUCUGGGGAAAAAAAAGUUGUUAAGGCUGAGGACGAUCCAAGAAGAGAAUUAUCUACUGAAGUGACAGCGCCUGCUUCACCAUUUUUAAUCGCACUGUUAGCUAGAUGGUUAUAAAAUCGUAUGUGGCUUCAGUUUUUAUCCAAUAAGCGGGGAAGAAAAUAAAUCUAAGUAGCUCUGAGACUUUUUCCUUCGGGAGGCAGACAGCAACUUUCAUAUUUUGGACCUGGAACUUCGCUGUCUCCGGUUCUUAUCUGAAAGGUGAGAAGCGGACCCAUCGGUGUGGAAUUUACCUCUUAACCAGACAAGAAUAAAACAGGAAAGGACGACAAACGCUGGCGUCUUCGACCACUGUCCCUCUCUUUUCCAGAAGCCGUUCUUCUAAUUGCAACAAUGGACUCCCACUGCCGCAAACUUGCAUCAACUUGUGCACAAAUAGAGAAAGACUCAAAGGGCCAGAGCAAAACUGACGACUCUUCAGAUGAUCCUUCUAAAAAGAAGCGACAGCGGCGACAGAGGACUCACUUCACAAGCCAGCAGCUACAGGAACUGGAGGCCACGUUCCAGAGGAAUCGCUAUCCGGACAUGUCUACAAGAGAGGAGAUAGCCGUGUGGACCAACCUCACAGAGGCCCGCGUCAGGGUGUGGUUCAAGAACCGGCGAGCAAAAUGGAGGAAAAGGGAAAGAAACCAGCAAGCCGAGCUAUGCAAGAACGGCUUCGGUCCUCAGUUCAAUGGACUUAUGCAGCCCUAUGAAGACAUGUACCCCAGCUACACAUACAACAACUGGGCCGCCAAAGGGCUAACUUCGGCCUCCUUGUCCACCAAAAGCUUCCCUUUUUUCAAUUCCAUGAACGUCAACCCUUUGUCAUCGCAGACGAUGUUCUCCCCGCCCAACUCCAUCUCUUCAAUGAGCAUGACUUCCAGUAUGGUGCCGUCCUCGGUUACUGGCGUGCCCGGUUCGAGCCUCAACAGCCUCAAUAAUUUAAACAACCUUAGCAACCCCUCUCUGAAUUCGGGAGUUCCCACGCCAACCUGCCCGUACGCUCCGCCGACCCCUCCUUAUGUGUACAGGGACACUUGUAACUCCAGUCUGGCAAGCCUGAGACUGAAAGCCAAGCAGCACUCGAGUUUUGGAUACACCAGUGUUCAGAAUCCAGGCUCAAAUCUGAGCGCGUGCCAGUACGCCGUGGAUAGACCAGUGUAAUACCUGAGAAUUUCACGAGCCCCAGUCAGAGGAACGAGAGACUACUUCUUUUUUUUCCAGAAGGGCACUAGAAUACUAAACCACCGAAACCCGCGAUGGAGUUUCAAACUUAAACGGAAGUAAUUAGGCUUUUAUUUUAUUUUAUCCUAUUUAGUAUUUUGUUCUACACCGGCGAGUGGAGAAUGUAUGAUACUUUACUUUCCACGCUUGUUUAUUUUGAGGUUUCUAAUUUUGGACGUUAAUGACUGAAAGGUUGUAUAUAUAUCGAAAUAUCAUCUCCAGUUUAUUGAGGCGAAUGCUGUUGCUCUCCAGUUUUCUCAAGGUUAAAUUUAACAAAGCAUGUGAAAACCCUAAAGGAAUAAUGUUUUGCUUGCAAACAAGGGAAUGUACAUACUAAACGCACCAGUUGUGUGUUUAUAACAUAUUAUAAAUUUAUUAUUAAAUGUCUGUGUGAAUAUCGAUUUAGAGUAGCAAUCUUGCGUAUAAAAAGACGCAUCAAAUGUUCCUGCGAAAUUAAAUUGGUUUUGCUCUGUGUAUACUAUUUAGUACGGAAUUUUGUUUCGUUUUUUUUCAACAAAAAAAUAAAUAAACUAUUGUGUUUUAUUUAAUGGAAGUAAAUAUAUUGUUCAAAACGUUUUGUUGAGGAUUUUUGUGCUGAUCAAAGUGUUAGUGUGAGUUUUGUCGAGUCUAUAGUGCAGGGAAUGACAGUGUGUCUAUCGGGGUUCGAUUACGCGAGCUACCAGGCCUACUAAUCUAAAGCGAAAACAAUGGCCCUCUCCAAUACACAUAUGAAUCGAGACGCAGGGAGAUGCACGGGUGGAGAGGGCGAGAUGCCCCGCCAGAUUAACUGCUGAAUACAUGUCUGCUUUUUAGCCAAGGCCCCGGAGUGAUCACUGGUGCUUGAAAUAACACUGGAAUCAACAAACUGGAAUUGGACCACACAACAAAGGCCCGAGCUCAUUACCUUCUGACACAUAAUAAUCACGAGUGCUAUAUAUAUAUAGCCAAACAAUGAGCUUCACUGGACGUUUAAGAUGCGCCUCUUGAUGCAGUGGAAUGUGAUUAUAGACAUACAUAACAUUCUAUAUCACAAAAUAAUCAAUAAUACCAAUACAAUGUUAGCAUCUUGUUUUUAUUUUGAUUUGUGCAAUGUUCUACAAAUCUCUCAUAAACACAGCGAUUAACUAUUGCAAAACUAUUCUCUAGCCUAUUGAGAUAUAGGCUAUAUGACAGGCCUAUGGCGUCGUGUUCUGGGCGUAGAUGUUCAUAUUGUAAAUAUUUUCACUUUUGCUAUAUUUGUUGUGCAGAUCUACAACAAUCUGUCUUUUCAAUAAGAUAACAACACCAAUCAUAAUAUCAAUAACAAUUGGCUAACUAUGACUACGAUAAUAACAAUGUUAUACUUGGCUGAAUAGUACAUUAAACAUUUUUAAAUGUG